AUGAAGUCACUGCAUUUACUAGUUUUAGGCCUACUUUCAUUAUUAAGUCACAAUGCCAACGGAGAUUACUACACAUCCAUAGCGAGUUUAGUAGAUUUGUUGGAUGCAGAAAUGCUUUCAAUUUCAUACUUUGAGAAAUAUAUGGAAGCAAUGGAAGAAAUCAGUCGAAAUGUAAAUGAUACACUAAAACAGCUCGAAAACAUUGCGCAAGAGGCUGAAGAAGACCCAGAAGAUUACUAUGAGAAUCCAAUAAACGCUUAUAAAAUUAUUAGCCGUUUUAUAAUAGAUUGGCAGAAUUUGAAUAAAACUGUGUUCGAUGAGAGACCCGCAGAAGCUUUUCGGCUCAAUAUCACUAGCCUUGCUAGAGAUGGGUAUUCUGCGCCAACUAGCGACGAUUUGCUGGGCGCAAGCAAAGCUUUAGCGCGACUGCAACGCACCUACCGACAAGAGACCGCCGAUGUGGCUGCGGGUGACCUAAUGGGUUUGCAUUAUUCUGAAAAUUUUACAACUAAUGAAUGCUACUGGUUAGGCCGCACCUUAUUUGCGGCGGGCGAGUACAAAUAUGCAGCUGAGUGGCUUAUACAGGCGCAAGUGAGUUUGGGGCCGGAGCCAAAUGUGCAUAUACUUGAAUUCUUGGCGCCUUCGAUGUUUUAUUUAGGAAACACCAAUAUAGCUAUGUACCUCAACGAGGAACUCUUAGCAAAAGAUCCUACUAAUAAUUUCGGAUUGCAAAACAAGCUACUGUACGCGGAGAAAGCGCAAAAAGCUCGACAUUUGAACUCACUCGAGAACUCGGCCAGUACAAGUUUACAACGAUCCGAAGCCGACAACCUAUUCGAUGCCGUAUGCAAUGGUGAUUUGCAGCAAACCCCACGCCAAAAACGCAAUCUUCGUUGUCGCUUUGUGCAUAACAAUGUACCAUUUCGCUUCAUAGCACCUUUCAAGAAGGAAGAGCUAAAUCAUGAUCCACCAGUUGCUCAGUUUCAUGAAAUCAUUUACGAUAGUGAAAUCGAGAAUAUACUCAUGGUAACCGAAGACCGUUUGGAACGUUCAAAAAUUGGAAAAUUACAUAAUGCAGGUUACUCUGAAGGGCGGACAAGUCAAAACUCUUGGCUUUACUUUGCUAAGUAUAAUUUCCUCAACGCUUUUUGGCAACGUAUGGAGGAUAUAACAGGUUUACUUUUGGAAACCGCCGAACCAAUGCAGGUGGCUAACUAUGGUAUUGGCGGACAUUUUAGCCCUCACUGCGAUUUCAAAGAUUAUGAUGUUGAAAAUGAUAUUUACAAGCGAGGAAAUCGCCUCUUGACUGCGUUAACAUAUAUCAAUGACGUGGAACUCGGUGGCGGUACCGCAUUUCCAUAUCUGAAUUUAACUGUGUCCCCUAUAAAACAUAGUAUGCUUAUUUGGUAUAAUUUGCAUGAUUCGCUUGAACCAGACUAUCGCACAAAACAUGGCGGCUGCCCAGUAUUAGUGGGCUCAAAGUGGGUUCUUACCGAAUGGUUCCAUGAAGCUCAUCAAGAAUUCAAUAAACCUUGCGGUUUAGAAAUGGAUGGCUACAAAUCGUUAAAGUAUAUGGAUUCAGACUGCAAUGUACACUAA